GGCUGCCCGUGCCCCGCGGGCCAUGGCGGAGCGGCGCUGGAGCGCGGGCGCGGCCGGCGCCGUUUAUCGCUCCCGCGACCCGGUGCGGAACCUGCGGCUGCGGGUCCGCAUCCAGCGCGUGGCAUCGGCCGGGCCGCUCCUGCCGCCCCUCCCGGGCGGCCCCGCAGCCCCGGGCCCGGGGGGCCGCGCCGAGCCCGCCCGGGGGGAGCGCGGGGGCAGCGGGGGCUGCGGGGCCUGCCCCGCCGGCGCGCGGCGGCCCCCGGGCGAGGAGGAGGAGGAGGAGGCCGAGGUGCGGUGGCAGGAGAAGCUCUUCAGCCAGUUUGAGGUGGAUCUGUAUCAAAAUGAGUCAGCCUGCCAGACUCCCCUGGACCGGCAGUACCACGAGGAGAUCAUGAAACUGGAGAAGGCCGGAGGUCGGAAGAACUGUCGCAUCUUCACCUACACUGAUCAUGACCGGUUCACCAAUCUAGAGGAGCACUGUCAGAAGGUAACUGACUCAGAUCAUGAGGUUCCAUCAUAUCUGGCAGAGAGGAUGGCCAACGUGAGGAGGAGAAGACAAGACCGUAGGCUGAUAGAAGCAAGUUCUCUGAAGUCAAAAGUCAUCACCUGGGAACCCUCAGAAGAAUUUAUAAAGAACAACCAUGUGAUUAACACUCCUGUCCAGACCAUGUACAUCAUGGGGGAUUUGGGACCUUAUGGGAAGCUUGGUCACAGGGAGUAUGAACAUGUUCUUUGCACGGUCAAGGUGGAUGGCAAUGGGGUGAUCACAGUGAAACCUGACUUCACUGACACCCAAGGAGCCUACUGGAUCGAGCUGGAUGGAAAGAAGCGGGAGGUGUGGAAAUACACCAUUGAGAAUGCAUCUGUCCAGGUGCAGCCAGAGGAGGAGGAGCGUGAGCAGCGCGUGUUCAGAGACCUGUACGGGCGGCACAAGGAAUACCUCAGUGGCCUCGUGGGCUCAGAAUUUGAAAUGACUCUUCCUGGCUCACUGCGGCUCUUUGUGAAUGGAGAAAUAGUUUCAGCUCAAGGCUAUGAGUACGACAACCUCUAUGUUCAUUUCUUCCUGGAGCUGCCUAACCAAUGGUCAAGCCCUGCAUUCCAGCAGCUAUCAGGAGUGACACAGACCUGUGCCACCAAGACAGUGGGCUGGGAAAACGUGGCAUAUUUCUGCUACCCCUUCACUUUGGAGAUGUUUUUCACCCAGGGAGAUGAAUCAGAAGACAGUCUCCCACAGUGGCCUGUUCUUUACUUUGAGGUCCUUUCCAUGGAUUUCUGGCAGAGGUACCGUGUUGAAGGAUACGGUUCCUUGGUGCUGCCAGCAUCUCCAGGUCUCCACAUGCUCACCAUUCCUACCUGGCGUCCUGUGGAGCUGGGGACAGUCGCUGAGCUGAGGAGAUUUUUCAUUGGUGGAUCUCCUGAGCUGGAGGACAUAACCUACAGCAGAAUACCAUCAACUUUCAAGGGAGAGCGUCUGAGCCGCCUUGGCUUCCGCACAGAGACCACGGGGAGCGUCACGUUCCGGCUGUGCUGCCUGCAGCAGUCCAAAGCCUUCCUGGAGACCAGUGCCCUGAGGCAGCGCAUGCAGAGUGUGCUGGACCGGCUUGGAGGCUUCAGCCAGCAGAGCUGUGUCUCCAACGUUUUGGGUAGGGCUUUCAGUGUCAUUCUCCCUUGCAAACCUUUGGCUCACUUUUUCCCCCUGUUUUUUACAGAGUGGGCAGGAUAUUUCAGGAGAAUCCAUUACUGGGGGGAUAAUUGUCCACCAAUGAGCCCUCUUGAGUCCAUAGCAGAGGUUAAGUAUUCUGAUCUGAGCUGGAAACUUCAGGAGGCAGCAGCUCUGAGCAGGCAGGAGGGAUAACCUGGCACAGGUUGCCCGGGGAGGUUGUGGAUGCCCCCCCUGAAGGUCUUCAAGGGCAGGUUGGAUGGGGCUUUGAGCCACCUGUUCUGGUGGGAGGUGUCCCUGCCCAUGGCAGGGGGCUUGCAAGUAGAUGAUCUUUAAAGAUGGUCCCUUCUAACCCAAACCAGUCUGUGAUUCUGUAACCACUCUGUGAGGGCAGAGCUGAGGCUGGGCUGGCACUGAGCACAGCUUGUGGCACUGAUGAGGCUCUGUCUCUGAUUCCAUUUAGCACAGAGCAAAGACAGUGCUAGAAGGUAGAGAAAAGAGCAGCACAGACUGGGUGCUUUAUUGGUGGAACUCCAUAACAGAAAAGUGUGACUCCUGCUCCAGGAGGGAUGAUGUUCACUGGGCAGACUCAUCCCUGCUGUCUGAUGCAUGCUGGCUUGCUGUCACCUGCUCUGUUGCAGAGGCUUUCCAGAGGGCACGGCGCCGGAUGCAGGAAGCACGUCAGAGCCUUCCCCAGGACCUCAUCAGCCCCUCUGCCUCCACCGGGCA